UGAAGCGGUCAAACCACGAAACUAAUAAUCGCAGUAUUAUUGGGUGCUGAGGAACAGGCACACGUUUUUUCAAGCGAUUAGGAAGUAGAAGUUUGCUAACACGGUUUUGAGAAUUUCGUUUCGAGAACUUCAAGUUUUGUGUUAAAAUGUAAUAUCUUAUAUUUUCCAAAUAUUUCAUUCGAAUUGAGUGAAUUUUGUGAAGAAAAAAUACAUAGUUUGUUAUUGCUUGAAUUGAAUUUCAAUGCAUCGAAGUGAAAAGUUCUGACUGUUGAAGAAAAAAAUAAUCCUGAAAAUAAGUGAAGUGAUUUGAAAUCGUAAAAAAAUAUGAUGGACAUUGGAAUGUACGGCAGUGAUCAUUAUCAAGUUGGUGAAAUGGCAUCAACAAGUUCGGCAUACAAUUACUAUCCAAACUAUCACAAUCACUCGCAUUUGCAUCAUCAUCAUCAUAUGCAUCACAAUCCGACGGCCGAAAUUUUGUCCGGUUUCUCUGCUCAAAGUCACGCACCAAAUCAAACAUCAUCCGUAAUCAAUACGUCGAAUCAUUCGUUGACCAUGUAUCAUCAUGAGUAUGGACUGUCAAUGUCGAAUAAUGAGCACAAUUUUUAUGACACCGACAGCAAUAUGGUGCCACCGUAUUAUCAGAAUCAAUCGACAUCAGGUGAACACCAUGCACUCUCGUCUUCAUCGCACCAAACGACGCCCACUUCAGCGUCUUCGUCAAGCAAUGAUGUUAUGAUAGAAGCGGCAACAACUCACAUAAUCAGUUCUGAUAAUGGAUUAAGCUAUACAAAUUUAGACUACAUGUACAGUUCGGGUCAUUCGAAUCCGUUAUAUUUACACCAGCCAGAUGAUAAAUCUGCGAUUGCUCAUCAAUACAAUCAUACACCUCCAGCUGCCAAUCUUGAGAAUAAUCUGCAUCCGCAACAACAUUCGGCAAUCAAUUCACCCGUUUGGCAAUCACAACAUUCCGCUCCGCAUUCGAAUCAUCCGCAUCAUGCGUCCGGAUAUUUGGAGAAUCCAGUGAAUGCUCAUCAAAUUGGUGUGGGUCAAGUCACAUGCAUACAGAAUCAAUCACCUUUGGGUGCUAGCCCAAAUAGUAUUCAUCAGCGACCUCUGAACAAUCGCGGCGAACAAACCACUUCUCAGCAAAACUCUCAAAAUCAACCGCCGCACGGGCAAACCGUUCAAACCUACAAAUGGAUGCAAGUGAAACGGAACGUACCAAAACCACCAGCUACAAAAUUAACGACGACACUACAGGAGUUUUCACUGAAUAACCAUCAAAUGGAUGCGGCCUGUCGCGUUUUGCCGAAUUCGCUAUUAGGUCUCUCCACGGCAUCAGUAAACAAUUCAUUAUUGUUGAACAACAACAACAAUUCGGCUCGAACGAAUUUUACAAAUAAGCAAUUAACGGAAUUAGAAAAAGAAUUUCACUUCAACAAAUAUCUGACAAGAGCGCGACGCAUCGAAAUAGCAAACGCACUGAAUUUGAACGAAACACAAGUUAAAAUAUGGUUCCAAAACCGUCGAAUGAAGCAAAAGAAACGCAUCAAAGAAGGCCUAAUACCAGCCGAACCGUUGAACCAAUCACCAACCAAUUCAUCGCAAACCAUGACUAACGAAUCACAUCUACCCGGCAGCAGCGAAAACAGUCGAGAUUCAAAUCAACCAUAAUUACAAUUGUAUCAUUUCGAAAAUGCAUAUAUAUAUUCCAAUCGUUCACCAUUUGAAAAGGAAUAAACCAUAGAAAAAGAGAGUGGAAAGCAAAAAUUGAGCAUAAGAAAUUCAACUGAACGACUUUUUAUAGAAUUUUAUUGUAUUUAUUUAGUUGAAGUUGAUGCAAAGCCAAAGUUAGAUAAUAAAUGUUGAUAAGAAAAACGCGCGCAAGCCAGCUUUUACGCUUGGAUACGUUCGAUCCCAGUAGUAGACGUUAAUUCAUAAAUUACAAGUAGAAUAUUAAUUUAUAUUUCACACAUUAUGACGUGUUUCAAACAAUAUUUGUGGAGGUCUAUCGUUCUGUCAUUCGCAUGUAACUUUAACGAGAGCAAAAAAAAUGUUUCUUAAUUUUCAUUUUUGAUUCACGACUUUGUCCAGAACAAUGAACGUACUUACAAAUUCGAAUACAUAGAAUAAUUGCAUCGAGUGGAAGUUUUCUUCUUCUACUAUGAGUAAUGUAUUUCGGCACCUAAUUUCAACUUAUCAUACAAUGUUGUGUUUCUAACGAGUUAUUUGUGAAUCGGGCGGAGAACUUCAAACGACAGAUAACAGAAUAAUCCAUCAGACUAUUAUUAACGACUAUUAGAGAGAGGAAAAAAAUAAACAAACGAAAAGAUAGGUUUUAAAGUAUGAUUAUAACUGUACAUAUUUCAAAAUCAGUUAAUGAAGUAAAUACAACUUCAAACCAUUCUCCUUAAGUUAGACAUAAGAACACUCAUUUUGAAUUUUCUUCUCAGGGAUAUCGAAAAUAAAUCAAAUAAAU